UGUUAAGUCAAAACUUAAAAGACUCUGAUAUUUUUUCCCAUAUUUAGCCAGAGUUGUUUUUAAGAAAAGAAAGAUGUGUUCGUACUCGUUUAUAUUGUGCGUAACGAUCGCUUUGUUCAAACAAACGGUUUGUGGUACCGUGAAUUAUCCGGUUGCCACAACACCCAUGCCUCAGAUUUACGACAGUGAAGAAAGAGAGGGGAGAGGAAUGAUGAUGGAUUACGAUCACGUUGAUGUUCACGAUCACGAUGAUCACGACCACGACCACAUUGUAGAGCAUAAAGAAGAACAAAAAGCCGUUAAAACCGAUAUAUGGUCAAAUUAUUAUAAUUUUAUUAUUCAAGAGGGUUCAUUUAAGUUUUGGGCGGCCUUCCAGCUUGGAACUGCCAUUUUACUUAUCUACUCGGCAUUUGCUGCAAUUUACUACGCCAAGUUCAAUGUGAUCUCGACUGAUUAUGAUUAUUACGAUGCCUUCUUCGGACGAUCCAGUGCAAGGUCAUCAUCCAGUUCUUCUAGUGGACAGUGGUUCGGUCUUAGCUCCGACGUAGUUCAAAGAAUAUAUACAGCAUUAACAUCUAAGAAAUUUUCAUGAAAAAAAAAUGGGAUGAUUAAAACUUGCAAAUAACUCUUAAA